AUGGCCAGUAGUCGCGUCGCUCCCCUUCCCUCGCCCAUCUACCACCGCAACCCACCGCGAUCUCGAUCUCCGGACCGACCGAUCCCCGAUUAUGAACACAGCGAUCCCCUCCUCGGGAGUCUAUCACCCGAGUCGACUCUCCAAGCGCUCACUUCCACCAAUGCCGUCCCCAAGAACGAACGAGUCGCCCAUGAUAUCCUGUCCAGAAGUAUCGCUCAGGUUUCCCCAGCGGAAAGAGCCCUCGCAAUUCGCGCAGCAGUUGUCGCUCAAAAGUUGAAUUUGUGGUACAAGGAAAUCCAGUCAUGGAAUUGGCCGAAACAGACCGGUGAUGAGAAAGGAUUGGGCUUCAUCCCCCCGUCCGAUGCGACUGACGAGGAAUACUACGGUAGCCUGCCUGCCGCCAUGGUAGAGGAACACGAGAAGCGCAUUGAGGAAAUCCGAGAUGAAAUGGACCUGCUGGAUAUGGACGAGCUCAAGGAGCACGUUCUCAAUGCCCACAUCCCGGCCCGGUCUCGGCCCUCUUCGGCUAACAGUAGCUUAUCCAUCCCUCCUCAACUGUCUUACGUCCAAUUGAGCGAUUUCACUGCCGUCAUCACCGCCACUAUUCUCCGGGCCCUGCCUCUUUUAUCGCGCCUAACGAGCUUGCUCUCGAUUUGGGAAGUUCGUCUGUUGGUUCUGCGACAGAUUCCCGUCUUGCUUCGCAGCUUGCGCCUCGCCCGCUCUGAGUUGGAGGCUGCCUUGGACCUCUUAAAGUCUUCCGAUCCUCCUAGCGAGAAGGACCCGUUGUUUUCCCGGUCCAACUAUCAUGCAAAGCGCUCCCACUUGGAAGCCACGGUUGUGUCUGCUGGUCGAAGAUUGGAUUGUGUGCUUGACGCUUUGGACGAGAGUGAAGAUUCUAUUCCCGACAGCUGGAUCGAUGACCUCGAAGGUAUCGAGUCAGAGUUUGGCUCUUGGACCAUGCAAGCAGAACAACGCACCGUUGAGAACGAGUGGCAGCGCAUGACAUUUCUUUCGAAGACCAGCGCCAAUCUCGACAUAGAAAAGGACGUGUCUGAACAAUCGUCGACUGAUUCUUCUCGCAACGAGGACCACUCUCAAAACUCGCCUGCUCCCGUUGUGCAGACAUGUCACACUUUUCCUAUGGAGACUAUCGACGAAGAAGAACUCAAUACUCCUGUCGAGGCCGCGCCUCCUAAUCGAGUACCGACUUGCCAGGAAGAUACGAGUGUGCAAUCGGUUAUCGAAGCGGCUCCCUCGAGCCUGGAUCGCACGGCUUCCCCUGCGCUUUCCGAAGCGACCAACAUCCCUACUGAGCUUGUUUCUAGCAAUGCGACUCCCAACGUCUCCCAAACUUCCAUUGAUUCAACAUCUCGUCCUGUCACACUUGCCUCUUCUGCGACCAGUGUCGAACAGGAGGAGGAUGCUCAUCCGUUUGGUACACAACUACCUUCCUCCCAUGCCAUGGUGAGCUCGGUUGAGAAACCCCGCUUGCAACACUCCGAGAGCCUUCUUGCCAACGCAAUGCCUCAUAAUCAAGCAAACCGCGCGCAAGAUACAUCUGAGGAACCGGAGGAUUUUCUACCAACCAGUGAACAAGAUAUGCCUCCGGCCGCAGAAGAGAUUGGCCUUCCAUGCCCUACGCACAAAUCUCCUAGUCUGACUCUUCCAGAAGAUAGCCUGCAGCCACCGAGCAGCCCGCAGACAGACACCGGAAGCGUAAUCAUACGGCGGCCCAAGAAUUUGUCCAUGUCCCCCCAAGUGGUAGACAGCCCCAGAACUGAAGAGGACUCUUCGCACACCACGAAUUUGGAACCCUACGUUCAACAACACUGUGAAAAUCUACCGACUUCAUCGAAUCUAGAUGAAAAACCCGCAUUAGCCAAACGGACUAGCCAGAAUGACUCCGAGGUCCCGACAACAAAGCCACCCAGUUGUACAAGCUCGAUUCCCGCCUUCAGCUCUGAUUCCCCCAGAACUUCAGCAAAGUCGGUAGUUGCACGCAGCGACGAAGAGCUCCCAGUCCGAACUUCUUCUCUGAUGUUGAAGGAAGCGACAGACGACCCGACUCCCAAAAAGCCUCUCGAAAGUCCGAUCAAAUUGUCCAACACUCGACCGGGUCCUUUGAUCUUCGAGACAGAACACGCAGACUCUCGCCACAGGCGCAGGUCGAUUGCUUCUUCUCUCUCGGACUAUCCUUCGCUUGUUUCAAGCCCCGAGAGGCGUGAACCGCACGGAUCCUCAUCUAACGGAACUCCUUUGCUCCUCGAAACUCCCCCACCCUUCCAGGCCGGCUACCAGCCAUCUGAUCCUGUAGCGCCUGGCAGCGACCAUACGUUGCGAGAAGACCGCCUCUUCCGCCUUGACAGUCAGAAGGCUUCUCCGCAUACGGAUUUCGCUCACAACCGAAACCUCAGCCUUCCCUUACAGCGCUUCAUCAGUGAGAGGUUAGAGUUAACCUUUGGAGACGAGAGCAGCAGGGAACCUGAAGGCACUGCAACAACCGAAAGACGCACAGAAGUGUUUCCCAGCCUUCACUCUGGCCCAAGGACAUCCUCUUUACCGCCUCAAGCUGGUAAAUCUUCGACCUCGACCAAAAACACGCGACGUUCUGCCACUCAGUCACCCGAGGUCACUCGUGAAGGGAACUUCAACCAGGGGACAGAUGGCAUCGCAAAGACGCUGCGUGAAGCUUGGGAGCAUACUAAGAUCGCUAGCUCAACAGCAUCAGUCCAGAAGGUUCCGGCAGCGCCCUUGGAAAAUUCGUCCACGAUGCGUCUGAAGAGACAAUUGACUUCACAUCCUAGUCUCGAGAGCAUCGGAGCAUACCGAUCGGAGGCUCGAUCUAACGAUGAGUCUUCAUCCAUCCCAGCCUUCCUCAAGACCACGUCGCGGAUCUCAUCCCCAACCCCGCAGAUGAGAAAGCCCAAGGACCAUUUGGACGAAAAGAUUUCCUCUAUCCUAACUGCCCUCGAUGCGCAGAUUCACCUAGUGUCCGCGGACACCCAUGAGCACGAUGGGCAUUCGACAUCAUCUUACCCAUUGAAACAAAGGGAGCGCUUUCGCUCUGUCUCUCCUCACGGCUCGCCAGCUCGUAGUAGCACACCUACUCCAUCGUUGACUAUCACUCCCGCCGUUUCCCGCCGGCGCUAUUCCCAUGCGCACGCUCCAGAAGAGAGUUCCGUGAAGCUCUACCAUCUGCACCGAGGUGGCAAGUCUGCCCCCACCAAGUUGUUCGUCCGGUCAGUGGGCGAGACCGGCGAGCGCGUCAUGGUUCGCGUUGGUGGUGGGUGGGCAGAUCUCGCAGAGUACCUGAGAGAAUUCGCCGUCCAUCACGGACGCCGACAUGUUUCGGACACGCCUCUGGUAGAGGUGCAGGGGCUUUCCCGCACCUCGCCCCCGUCUCCACCUAGAAAUAGAUUGGCACCCACUGCCAGCGGACGGAGAACCCCGUCACGACCGCCCUCCGUCAUCAGUAAUCGGCCAGGGUCAUCUUUGGCCGUUCGCAAAACCCGGCGGACCUCUAACGUGUCGGAUAUGACCGAGUUCCGCACAUGCAACCCUGGCGACACGCUGAGCACUUCGUAUUCACCCAUGUCAACCGUCUCCUCGCGCCGUCGACUGUCAACGUCGUCCAACGCCUCGAUGGGCGCGUCCUCGGCAAGCGAGUUCCGGCAUGGGUCUUCGUAUUCGCCCACGAAUACCGCCGCGGGCAGUGCCAACCACGCGGUCCCUCUCGGUCUCGCAGGGCCGCGUCCCAGACACGUCUCGAUUAGCGCCGAGAGCGAGGCAUGGGUGGAAGACGUACUCGGACAAGCUCGAAGGAGCUCGUCCCUGCGGCCUUACACCUACGGCCUCGCGCCGCAGGAGCCGGAGCCCGCUCCCGAAAAGGCGCCCCCUCCUCCCGUGAUCUCGAAAUCACGGAGUAUCAGCGAUCUGGGAACCGCCGGCUCCAGCCGACGCAUUGCUCUGCGCGGACUUGGAAGACGUUAA